UCCCCGUGUCAUCUUCAUUUCCUCCUUACAUGAGCUUGCUUGGGGAGAAAUUAGUGAUAGCUGACAGCAGGCGAGCAAACACAAGAGGUGAAAGAGCACAGAGAGCUGUACUCGGUGGUGCAGAGGAAGGACUUUGUUCUUCUCAGAAGGUGAGACAGGAGUUUGACAGGAGUGUGUGUGGUCUGCCCUGUGCUGCUGGAUGGUUGACUAAUCUACAGAGGAAAAUCUGGUGCAUAUUUAAAUCCAAGCACCCCUUCCUCACUCACGUCAGGCCCUUUGACCCCUAGCAUCCCAGUCAAAGUGUGAUCUGGUGGGAUGGCAGAGGCCGGUGUGGCUACAUGCCCCCAGGUGUUUGUGGUGGACAGCCAAGCCAACUAUGUCUCUGUGCCCGGUGGAAGGAAACAGAGAUGGGCAAGAAUAAGCCAGAAGUUUCUUCUUCCACUGGUGGGACUAGCCCUGUUGGGACUUGUUGUCGAGGGAUUUUUCAUCUACAGUCUGUAUGAAAAAACUCAGGAAUUUUCCAACUGUAAGUCUCAUCCUCUGUGCCGCAACCUGUCCACUCCCCAAGCAUCUGCCCAGCAGGGUGGCCCCAAAAUGGGUCAAGGGGGACACAAAGAGUCCAAUGAGAUUCCCACAGUGAAACCACUUCGGGAGCAGGUCCAGCAGAGGCCCUUUGCUCAACUCACAGGAUCCAAUACUCCUAAAGGGGCAAACAACGUGGUGUUGUGGGAAAACAUACAUGGCGAUGCCAUCACCUACAACAUGAGCUAUGACAAUGGCCAUUUGGUGGUUCAGCAGGAGGGUUACUACUACAUCUAUUCUAAACUGACAUUGGAUGCUACAGAGGAGUGUUCACUCAUCCAGCAUAAGGUCAUGAGAGACACAAGCGCCUAUGACAAACCAUUAGAACUAAUGAGAUCAAAAAGUAACCGCUGCUUGACCCGGGAACACUUGAGUACAACGCCUCCGAGAGAGGAAGAUCUGUGGAACAGUUUCCUGGCUGGGAUCUUCCACCUGCAGAGGGGAGACAAAAUUUUUGUCACAUUGGAGGAUAUUAAUAAGCUGCGUCCAGGACCUAAAGACAAUCUCAUGGGGGCGUAUUUGAUAUUUCCAGGCAAGAUGCUGCAAUAAUACCUAUGUCCCAGAUCACACACUCUGUGUUAAUUUACUCUACGUGUUGUGGUGAAUUUUAUAUAUCUAAUAUAUACAAUACAUAUAAUUUAAAUUAUACUGUACUCAUUGAAUGUAUUUCAAUCUCUCAUGAAAGAGCAACAAAUAGUUGUGAUAUCAUAAAAAGUACCUGAUAUUCAGGUUAUAUAUUCCUAUGAAUUGUUUGUUGAAUAU